GCUGCUGGAGGCCGACUCCAAGUCGAUGCGCUCCAUGAACGGCUCGCGCCGGAACAGCGGCUCCUCCCUGGUCUCCAGCUCCUCGGCCUCCUCCAACCUCAGCCACCUGGAGGAGGACACCUGGAUCCUCUGGGGACGCAUCGUCAACGAGUGGGACGAGUGGCGCAAGAAGAAGGAGAAACUUCUCAAGGAGCUCAUCAGGAAGGGCAUCCCCCACCACUUCCGAGCCAUCGUGUGGCAGCUGCUCUGCAGUGCCACCGACAUGCCGGUCAAGAACCAGUACUCGGAGCUCCUCAAGAUGUCCUCUCCGUGCGAGAAGCUCAUCCGUCGGGACAUUGCGCGCACCUACCCCGAGCACGAGUUCUUCAAGGGCCAGGACAGCCUGGGCCAGGAGGUGCUCUUCAACGUCAUGAAGGCCUAUUCCCUGGUGGAUCGCGAGGUCGGAUACUGCCAGGGCAGUGCCUUCAUCGUGGGACUCCUCCUCAUGCAGAUGCCAGAGGAGGAAGCUUUCUGCGUCUUCGUCAGGCUCAUGCAGGAGUAUCGCCUGCGAGAGCUCUUCAAGCCCAGCAUGGCCGAGCUGGGGCUCUGCAUCUACCAGUUUGAGUACCUCCUGCAGGAGCAGCUGCCAGAGCUGAACAUCCACUUCCGCUCUCAGAGCUUCCUCACCUCCAUGUAUGCCUCAUCCUGGUUCCUCACCCUCUUCCUCACCACCUUCCCGCUGCCCGUGGCCACGCGCGUCUUCGACAUCUUCAUGUACGAGGGCUUGGAGAUCGUCUUCCGCGUGGGGAUGGCUCUGCUGCAGUUCAACCAGGCUGAGCUGGUCCAGCUGGACAUGGAGGGAAUGUCCCAGUACUUCCAGAAGGUGAUCCCACACCAGUUCGACAGUUGUCCUGACAAGCUCAUCCUCAGAGCCUUCCAGGUCAAGUACAACGCCAAGAAGAUGAAGAGGCUGGAGAAGGAGUAUGCUGCCAUCAAGAACAAGGAGAUGGAGGAGCAGAUCGAGAUCAAGCGCCUGCGCACCGAGAACCGACUGCUCAAGCAGCGCAUCGAGACCCUCGAGAAGGAGAGCGCGGCUCUGGCCGAUCGCCUCAUCCAGGGCCAGGUGACACGGGCACAGGAGGCCGAGGAGAACUACAUCAUCAAACGGGAGCUGGCGGUGGUCAAACAACGCUGCACCUCAAUCCGGCAGCUGCAGGACCAGCAGGGGAACCCUCGGUUCAGCGAGGAGUUCGUCACCCACCUGGAGACGGAGCUGGAGCAGUCGCGGCUGCGCGAGAGCGAGACCCUGGGGGCACUCAAGGAGAUGCAGGACAAGGUCCUCGACAUGGAGAAGCGGAACAGUUUGCUGCCGGACGAGGACAAUGUGGUUCGGCUGCAGGAGGAGCUGCAGGCCCUGGCCCUGCGCGAGGCUGAGGCUGUCAAAUCCCUCACCGAGCUGCAGCAGCAGGUCAAGGACCUCAGCGACAGUUGGCAGGUGACCCACGACCCGCGGUGA